AUGAGGCAAUAUUGUUUUCACUACCUUAGCUUAUCCCUCCACAGAACGCCGUGUCUCUCCCAAAGCCAGCGCACGCAGGUAGGAGUUAUUUGCAAGUUCUCUUCUCCCUGUGGCAGAAUUAGCCUGAAACAGCAGUUUACUGAGGAAGAAAUAUACAAAGACAGGGAUAGCCAGAUCACAGCCAUUGAGCAGACUUUUGAGGAUGCCCAGAAAUCAAUGUCCCAGCAUUAUAGCAAACCCAGAGUCACACUGGUGGAGGUCAUGGCUGUCUUCCCAGAUUUUAAGAUGUGGAUCAAUCCAUGUGCUCAGGUAAUCUUUGACUCAGACCCAGCCCCCAGAGACACAACUGGCACAGCCGUGUUGGAGAUGAUGUCUCAGGCCAUGAUUAGGGGCAUGAUGGAUGAAGAAGGGAACCAGUUUGUGGCCUAUUUCCUGCCUGUAGAAGAGACGCUGAAGAAACGAAAGCGUGACCAGGAGGAGGAGAUGGACUAUGCACCAGAUGAUGUGUAUGACUACAAAAUUGCUAGGGAGUGCAACUGGAACGUGAAGAACAAAGCUAGCAAAGGCUAUCAGGAAAACUACUUCUUUAUUUUCCGAGAGGGUGACGGGGUUUACUACAAUGAGUUGGAAACCAGGAUCCGCCUUAGUAGGCGCAACGCCCUGCUUGUGAUCAAACAUGGGGACAUGAACGAGAAGGAAUUGGAAGCCCAGGAGGCACGGAAGGCCCAGCUAGAAAAUCACGAACCAGAAGAGGAAGAGGAAGAGGAGAUGGAGACAGAAGAGAAAGAAGCUGGGGGCUCAGAUGAGGAGCAGGAGAAGGGCAGCAGCAGUGAGAAGGCAGGCAGUGAGGACGGGCGCUCGGGCAGCGAGAGUGACCGGGAGGAGGGUGACAGGGAUGAGGACAAGAGUGGCAGUGGCGAGGGCGAGAGCAGCGAGGAUGAGGCCCGGGCUGCCCGUGACAAAGACGAGAUUGGCAGGGAUGCUGAUUCAGGGGAUGCUGCCGACUCUGAUGAUGAGGACAGAGGACAGGCCCAAGGUGGCAGUGACAAUGAUUCGGACAGAGGCAGCGAUGGGGGUGGCCAGCGGAGCCGCAGCCCCUUCCCCAGCGGCAGUGAGUGCUCGGCCCAGGAGGAUGGCGGUGAAGCUGCAGCUUCUGGUUCCAGUGACGCUGAUAGUGACAGUGACCGAGUCCCAGGGCAUUCGGGGCUGUUUCAGACACCACUAUUAUGA